AAAAAAAUUAUGGGCGUUCCGUGCCGAGAAUUUCUCGGAUAAUAAGUAAAGAAAAGUGAGUCAAGUGGAUCAGUGUUUGCGAACACAUACUUUUUUGUGAGUUGUAAAGUGCGGCUUCUUUGAAUCUUACGUAAGUGUAUGGUUUUCGAUUAUUGUCGGCUAUCUAUAAAUAGUUUCAACGUUUCCGUGCCAGGUUAUCCCAAUCUGAAUUGGAAUCCCGCCUCGCCUCAAUCGAAGUGGAGUAUCAACUCAACUACAAGUCUUAGGAAGUUACUGUAUAAUGAUUGUGUUAUUCUUAUCUAUAUGCUGACAUAUAAACAAAAUCAGUUGUACAUUUGAAGAAAGCAUAUUGUCCUUGUGGUGGGAGUCACUUGAACUCCAGCCACAAUGACUGUCAAUCAGUCAUCCUUCACCUACUUCCAGUCCACGGAGCGCGAGGCGGCCCAGAUGCUGGACCAGCUGCGCGAGAUCACGGGCGUUCAGGACGAGGAGGUGCUGAGCCGGGCGCUGAUGGACAGCCGCGCGGCCGGCGGCUCGUACGACGUGGCGCGCGCCGUGGCGCUGCUGGUGGAGGGCUGCCAGACGGCCGACCAGCCGGCCGAGCCGGUGGCGCCGCGCGCCGCCCAGCCCGCGCCCAAGCGUCCGGCCGAGCGGCGCGUGCGGUUCAGCUCGGCGGACGCCAGCGACACUGACCUGCGGCGCGCCAUCGAACUCAGCCUCCAGGAUCGGGCGUCGGGCAGCGGCGGCAGCGGCAGCGCCUCGGGCAGCGUGGCCGCCGCCUCUGCUGGCAUCACUCGCGAGGAGGAGGACAUCGCAAAGGUGCUGGAGGCCAGUAUAGCGGAUCAGAACGCCGGCACCAAGCGCAAGAGAGGCUCGCCCUGGCUGGACCCGCACAACCCCAACGAGCGGAUACGUGACGGCGACUGGCCGGUAGGUCUCAAGAACGUCGGCAACACCUGUUGGUUCAGCGCCGUUGUCCAGUCGCUGUUCCACCUGCCCGCCUUCCGUGGCCUCGUGCUGCGCUACCGGCCCGUCAAACGCGAACGGCCCUCGGCACAGGAGGAGCGGACCGGCCAGUUUAUGCUGGAGCUGCGCCGGCUGUUCGCGCUGCUGGUCGCCUCCGAGAAGCGUUACGUGGACCCCAGCGCUGCCGUCGACUUGCUGAAGAAGGUGCUGGACGGCGGUGGUACCGACUCGCAGCAGGACAUCUCAGAGUUCACACACAAGCUACUCGAGUGGCUCGAGGAGGCGUUCAAGUACGCCGAAACGGAGGAGGAAGCCGGCAGGGGCGACAGCCGAUCGCGAAACCCCAUGAUCAGCCUGUUCUACGGCCAGUACAAGACGGAGGGAGUGCGCGAUGGCGUGUCGUACGCCCAGCCGGAGACGUUCGGCCAGUUUCCGCUGUCGGUGGUGCCCGGCCGAGACCUGCACGAGGCGCUGGAGGCGUCGAUGACGCCCGGUGCCGGCGCCCAGCAGUGGUUCACCGUGCUGCCACCCGUGCUGCUGCUCGAGCUCAGCAGGUUCCACUUCGACCAGGCGCUGGCCCGGACGGAGAAGAUCCACGACCGCCUCACCUUCCCCUCGGAAAUGUACAUGGACCGCUACCUGGAGAUCAACAAGAACAUGGUGACGGUGAAACGCGCCGAGAUCGCCACGCUGCGCCAGAAACUGCGCCAGCUGCGCAAACGGCUCGACCAGUACCUGUCUUUCGGUGCCAGUGCGCCACGUCUGCCGCUCGGUCAGCUGCUGCGCCACACACUGCAGUACGCGCGCGGUGACCCGGCCGGUGACGAGCCCGCCCCCGAUGUGGAGAUGGAGAACGCCACGGCUGUGACUAGCAUGGUGGUGGAUUCGCCCAGCAGCAGUCCCAGCGCCGGCCGGAGAGCCGCCGUGCCCGCCGCCCCACUGCCGUCGGACCAGGAGAUGUCCCCUCCGGCCGCCGACGAGUCGUGCACGGAGCGCGAGCCGCUGCUGCCGCCCCUCUGCCCGUCCAACACACCCAAGGAGGAGCUGGCAGUGGUUCAGAGGUGUCUGGAGCGCUGGAGCCACGAGGUAGACCGACAGGUUCGGGAGCUGAAGCGACAGAUGGCCGAGAUCACCGCACGCAUCGAGAACAUGUUUGACGAGCCGGGACUGCGACAGGUGCCGUACCGCCUACACUCUGUAUUGGUGCACGAGGGCCAGGCCGGCUCGGGACACUACUGGGCCUACGUGUUCCACCCGCGGCGCCGGGUCUGGCUGAAGUUUAACGACAACACGGUGUCCGAGUCGACGUGGGACAGUCUGUGUCUGGAGAGUUUUGGCGGCCACCACAACACGUCUGCCUACUGCCUGGUCUACAUCGACUGCAACCGCGCCGAGCUUAUGGACGAUCGUCUGCGGGUGGACAAGGAGGCCGGUAUGGUGGAGCCGGCCGACGAGGCCGAGUCGCUGUCGCUGCCGCUGCGACAGUAUGUGGACGAGGACAACCGGCAGUUCCAGGAGGCCAUCGACAACUGGAACUCGCAGCCCAAGGGCGGCGCCUCAGAGGACGCCGUGUGCGCCGGUGGCGCGGGCGGCGACCAGCCCAUGGCCGAGGAGCCCGAGGACUGCGCCAGCACGGCCACCAGCUGGCAGUGGGAGGACCUCAGCGCGCGACACGCCGCCAUCAGCCUGCCGCAGACACUGGACCUGCUCAAGGCCACGGUGGACGCCGCGCUGCCCGACACCAGCGUCAAGGAGGUGCUCAAGGAGGCGGCGCUGCGCUCGCGUCAGUCGGUGUACGACCUGUCGGAGGAGAUGAGUUCUGACCCGGGCGGCAUCGACCACCGCAUGAGCAACAUGGCCGUCUACCUGGCCAGGAACGGCGCUGAGCAGCGCGACCUCAACUGGCUGCUACUGGAGCAGUUCGCCCACCGGGCCGUCAGCGCUGUGCCAGUUCUGCGCGAUGUGUACAAGACGGCUUCGCUGGAGCUCGGUAAGCUGGUGGAGCGGUGCUCUGCCGAGGAGCGGCGCCAGUACCGCUGCUGGCACGUGCACUACAACGAGUUCCGCUUCAUCGCCUGGUCGACCGUACUCGGCCUCGGGGAACUGGCCAAGGAGAAGUACACGGAGGCACUGAUGUACCUGCUGCAGGCGUGUGAUCGGAACGAGCAGCUGGUGACGGAGAAGCAGCCGGACCGCGGCCUGGACCCGCAGCUGCUGGCCAACUUCCGACGACGCGCCAUCAUGGGUCUGAACAAGCGGGCGGUGGACACGUUCCUCUCGGGCCAGCUGGAGCAGGCCGUGGAGCUCACGCAGGAGGCCACAGUGCCGGCGCUGCUGCAGCUCGCCCGCUCCGGACUGGCUGCCGAUCGAGACGCCGCGGAGGAUGUCCGCAACAAGUGGUGCAGUUUGCUGGGGCAGCCGCUGGACGAUUCGAGCCAACGGGUGCUUCAGGAGAUAAUUACACACUUGAUCGAACCAGCCUCCGAGCAUGAGCGGGCUCCGCUUCCGAUCAAAAUCCAGGGCGUGGAGCAGCAGCUUGCCCAGCGCUACCAGGACGCGCUCAGUCAGCUCAAGCAGGACGGCUAGUCGUUGCGGUCUCGCUCGGCGCCGCGGCUCUGGUUGGCGGCACCGCGCCUGGAGCCGCUGCUGCACUGUCGCCGCUGUGGCCAGCUCUCUGUGAAGCGCUGCGGCUGCCCGCAGCGUCCGGCCGACUCUGACACAAUCCUGCUGGUGCUGCCCGGCGGCGCCGAACUGAAGCCGCGUGCUGGGGAGUCCCUGCCGCCGCUGGUGCGCCGCCCGCCGCGGCCGGCCACCCCGGGCGCCCAGCCGGCCGGCCGCCUCAGCCGUCCCCGCUCCGCCGGCCGGCGCGGCCCCGAGCUGCCGGAACUCACCAGCGGCUCUGAGCUGCGGCUGGAGCUGGCCAAGCCCGGCGCCGAGCGGCUGACGGCCGCCGGGUUCGGGCGGCCCGCCACCAUCAGUGAGGACGCCGCACUGCCCGACGGCGACAACAACAACGAGGAGAACCUCGGCUGGCGUGUGGAGGAGGAGCGGCCGCGGCGGCCGAGCCCGGAGCCGGCGGACGGCCCGCUCAGUCCGCCCAGUCCCGGCCACCUGACCAUCAGCGACGGCAACGACAGCGACCCGGACAACUGGGGUGAGCCGCUGCUCAGCGACGACGAGCGCUCCUCGCCCGAGCCCGAGCAGCCCGUCUGGGAGGGCCCGUUCCGGCGGCCCAUGCUGCGGCCGCCCGCGGAUAUGGGCAGCUACAGUCCGUGUGCGUACCGCGCGCCGCUGACUGACCGGGCCGGUGUCGCCGUUCGGGGCGUCCCUGCUGCUCCGGCUGCAGCUGCCACUGAGGCACCCGCCGCCGUGGCGCCCGCUCCGGCCCCGUCGGCCGGCCGCGGCGAGUCCUACCGACCUCCGUCUCCACCGGACGAAGAAGACCGGGGUGUUCGCGAGGCUGCCUCCGUGCUGGUCGCCAUGUCGGGCAGAGGGACCCCGGCAGCCCGGCCGGGCAGUCCAGCUGAGGACCGUCCCCGGCUCCGUCACAACGCCGAGCCGGGUCUUCUGACUCUACAGCAGCCGGGCGGCCCUUCCCCGGCGGCCGGGACGCGCGAGAAGUCGAACCCCGGCUCGGCGGCGUCCGGCACCUGCCCGAAACUCCGCGAACUUCUCUCCCGACCUCCGACGGUGAAUCGCGCCGACACCCCCGACCUGGCGGCCGCUGCGCACGCUCGACGCCUCGAGGAGGAGCGAAUGGAGAGGCGCGUUCGCAAACAGGAGCUGGUGGACCGGUACAAUGCCGAACUGUGGGCGGACUGCUCGAUCGAAGAGACCGCCGCCGGUAAACGUCAGCGGGAGGAGAACCUGUCCCCGGCGCCGCGGCCGCUGCAGCAGGCGCGCCGAGCGCCCGUCUCGCCAGCGGCGGCCAUUGGAGGGACGGAGGUGACGGGGAGAGGGACGAAGGGAGCCGAGGUGGCGGCCGGAGUGCCGGAGAACAUCAAGGAGUCGGAUGGUGGGUCAGAUGGUGCGAAGAUGACAGCCGGCGGGAAGAAGCAGCUAGCAUGCGAAGCAAUGAGGGAACACCCAGAUGUGAUCAAUAACAGUCCAAAGGCAUCGGUCAUCAAAAAGACGCCCAACGGUCGUCACAGCUCUGCCAAUUCGGAGGGCGCUGAUUUGCCUGCCGCUGCCAACGGUAACGGGCACUGGGGUGGAGCGGGUGGCGAUGUCGGCGGCAGCGGUCAGGUGACAUCCGAACUGGACCUGCUGACUCUCUCGGAUAGUCGCCAGCUCGGCAGAGGAGGCUCCAGUCAGUCAUAGGGUGAUACUGAGCGCAUCAGCCAGCGGUGAGUGGUAGUGAUUCAGGUGAUACAGACAGCGGAAGUGAUGAUACCAGCCGCGGCCACUAGUGAUACUGAUGGAAACUGGUGAUACAGACGGCAGCGGUGGUGAGUCCGGCGGUGACAGUGAGGAUACCAGCGGCCUCGAGUGAUACCGGGUGGCGACUGAUGAUCUGCAGGUGGCUGCUCGGAGCACCAGUGGCUGACAGUCGAGCGAGGGUGGCUGCGGUGGCCGUGUUUUACCUGGUGACCACGGGCGGCGCUUCGACCGCCGUGCAAUAACUAUAUUUGAAUCUUCUCCGGUGCCGCUUUUGGCACGACGGCCGGCCCUCGGCGGUCGCUACUUAGUGUUGUUGAGAUUACGCCCCGGCUGGUGCGUCGCCGUACGGGCGGCGGCUGAGCGCAGGGCAGGCCAGGCCGGGUGCUGUGCCCGGCUCUAUCAGUCUUCUCCUACUCUUUACCUUACCUCUGAGAGUUACACAGUCGAUUGGAGUGAUGCCGUGAUUUAGUCGAGUAUGCAGCUGCGUUCAGAGUGGUGUGAGGCUGCAGGAUAUGCCGUAGCCGUCACCGCCGCCGCCGCCGCCGCCGCCCCUGCUGCAGUGCGUCCCACCCUGUUUGUAUGUGUGUGUGUGCCGAGGGACGCUGUGCGGUGGUGCGGUCGGCGGCGGUGGCGGUGCUGUGUGUGUAUGUGCGCGUGUGUGACCUCCGUCGGUUGGAGGGACGUGUGUAUGUGUGUGUGCGCGCGCGAGCCCCGGGAGCGGGUCGCCUCAGUCCUCUGUGAUGGUCUGGUUUGUGCUCUGCCGCAGACCCGAACCUGCAUUUGUGUUAUGUUUUAUGAAUUGUUUGUCGAAAUAUAGAUUUGUACAAU